AAAAUGAGUGUCCCCCGCAAGGUCAAAACGAUAUUCAAGGCCACUGAAGCUAUCGAAGGAGGAGGAGCGAAGGUUUUGCGCUCCAUCGGAAGUAGGAAGCUCCAAAAUUUCACACCCUUCUUGCUAUUGGACCAUGCCACGGUUGGCUCGGAUGCAGGGUUCCCUGAGCAUCCUCACCGGGGACAGGAGACGAUUAGCUAUUGCCUAUCUGGCUCUGUGCUUCAUGAAGACUUUACGGGACACAAGGGUACUCUCACACCAGGUGACUUGCAAUUCAUGACAGCAGGUCGGGGAAUCAUGCAUGCAGAACAACCUUGUGAGAAUCCGGAUGGAAGCCCAGGGGUUGGACUCCAACUCUGGAUUGAUUUACCCAAAGAGCUGAAAUAUAUCGAACCACGAUACCGAUAUCUCAACAAGUCCGAUAUACCAACAAUUCAACUUGAUCACGGUCGAGUCACGGUUGCAGUAAUAUCCGGGCAGACACAUGGUACCGAGUCAAAGCCAGAUUUGACCUACACGCCGAUAUGGUACUUGGAUAUCACAAUCCACCCGGGCGGCAAGAUUAACCAGCCAGUUCCCCUUGAGUGGAACACAUUUGCUUACGUCCUUGAGGGCACGACGGUAUUCAACUGUGCAAAUUCAACUCACUCUGCCGCCGCUCUUCACACCGUCGUCUUCGACGGCAAGGGCACUCAUAUCGAAGCAUUGGUUGCCGAGCAUGAAAAACGCCCCUCUCGUUUCAUUCUUUUUUCUGGUCAGCCAUUGAAGCAGAGGAUUGUCCAUUACGGACCGUUUGUGUGCACAAGCGAGGAAGAGGUGUACCAGGCGAUGUCGGAUUUUCGAAAUGGUAAAAAUGGCUUUGAGCGAGCCCUCGGUUGGAAGAGUGGUAUCAUCAAGUCAAUGGCAUACUGAGAAGAUGACACACCGAGGAGUGCGUUUGACCACAGUGGCCGGCAAAAGCCGUCUAGGUUUGUAAGAUGGCCCGAGAAUCAGAGUCUCUAUGACAUUUUUAUCGUGAUCUCUUCCAAGGAUGAGGUGCUUGGUCAAUCCUCUCUGAUUGAUAUAUAAAAGGUACACAAUUCGG